GAGGCCAGGCUAAGCUUAGAUUUGCUGCCGCCGCCGCCUUCUCCUCCUCCUUUUCGCUACUGCUGUUUCUCCGACAGCCAUUUCGCGAGCGUCCAUCGUGAGCACCGAGAACUCGGGAAGGCGGCGGGUCCCGUGUGGCCAGGGAGCAUUAUGACUGAAGAGCAAUUUGUUAACAUUGAUUUAAAUGAUGAUAAUGUUUGUAGUGUAUGCAAAUUAGGAACAGAAAGAGAAACACUUUCCUUCUGCCACAUUUGUUUUGAACUAAGCAUUGAAGGAAUACCGAAGUCUGAUCUUCUGCAUACAAGAUCAUUAAGGGGACAUAGAGACUGCUUUCAGAAAUUCCACUUAAUAGCAAACCAGAGUUGCCCACAAUCGAAAUUGUCUAAAAGUACAUAUGCAGAAGUGAAAAACAUUUUGAGCAAAAAAAUUAACUGGAUUAUACAGUACGCACAAAACAAAGAUAGAGAUUUGGAUUCAGAUGGUUCGAAACCAACACAGCAUCGGAUUUUUAGUUUUAGACAUCAGAGAGAGAGAAAGUUACUUCCACAGUUUGAUUCCCAAGUCCCUAAAUAUUCUGCAAAAUGGGUCAAUGAAAGCUCUGGGAGUAUUACAAACUGUUCACAGAAUAUUUUAGAAUCAACAGAAUCCAGUGAUUUUAGAUUUCACAUGUUGCAACAAAGAAGUGCACCAUUUUGUUGUAAUAAUUCAUUAUGGUCUAGUCAUAAUCAGUCAUCAGAAUUGGGAAAAACCAAAAAAGAACCAGAUACUUGUGUACGAAGAUUUCCCCAAUACAGCAGAGAGCAGUUGAAUAUGAUGCCUCAGAGAGAAGUUGAGCAGCUGAAUGGGGAACUACUCAAGCAAGUCCAUGAUGUGUUUGAAGAGUUAACAAAACAAGUACAAGAAAAAGACUCCUUAGCUUCUGAGCUUAAUGUCCGUCAUAUUGCUAUUGAACAACUGCUAAAGAACUGUUCAAAACUGCCAUGUUUACAGAUGGGACGGGCAGCCAUGAAAUCCAAUGUAUCCAUAUAGCCAUGGCAAACUUGCAUUUUCUACUUUUGCUUCUCUAUGAUUUAGAUUUCAGGGGGAAACUUGCACAUUUGAGCAGUAUUUUGGAAAAAAAUAAGCUUGUGGAUACACAAGCUAGCUACAUGUAUUUGCAUUUUUAAAGACAAAAAGAUGGCUAGUGUUUUCAUUUCAUAUAAUCAUUUCCAUUAUUAGUUGACAGUGGUGCGGUGGCCUAGAGGUGGAGCUGUCACCUCACAAUCAGGAGGCUGUGAUUUUGAUCCUAGGUAGAGGCAAAUAUUUCUCUCUGAGCACUCUGAGAAUAUAUCUGCUGAAAAAAACUCCACAUUGGCGCCAGGAAGGGCAUCUGGCCAGUAAAUACUCAGCUCCAUUCAAUUGCCGAGACUCCACCCUGCAAGGAAUUAUGGGGUCAUUAAAAGAGGAUGAUUUCCAUUAUUAGUUGAACUGUGUGAAUCCAUUGCUUCAUGGUACAUGGGGCACCAUGUGUUAAAAACAUGGGUUUAAAAGCCUCCCACAUUGAUUAUGUGCAUGCACAUACGUUGCCCAAACAUCAUGAUAUGAUUACUAUCUCUGUACUUUGAGCAGUAUAUUUGGAGGAAUGGUUUGUGCAAAGAAUUCUUCCAAAUGAAUUUCCAGUUUAAUAAAUAUUUUCCUUUGUCACCGAUUACCAAUAUUUCAACUUAAUUUAACACUUCUAACCAUUUGUAAGUAACCUGGGAUAACAGGUGAAAUACAGUUUUAAGUAUUAAGAAAUAAUGGAACCACCAGUAUUAAUCUACAUUUUUUAUUUAUUGCAAGCAAUAUUUUAUUACUGAAUUUUAUAAAAGAAACAACUAUUUUAGGUACUUUUCCAGAUCUUUUUAUAAAAGUUUUGAAUUAUAAAUAGCAUUUUACCUGGUGUAAUGGGUGUUUACUCUCUCUUCAGGACAAUAUAAUUACCUUUCAUGAUGGAGGUUGUUUUUUAAAAAAAGCUUUUUCCCAAAGACAUGAUCUCAGUAGUUGUACAAUAUUAUCUUUAAUUUUAAGAGUGUAUAAUAUCAAGCAUUACAAAUUUAAGCCAAGAACCUACUUUUGGAAUGAUGAUUCGAGCUUUGUUAAUAUAAACAAAGCUCAACUUCAGUUUUAUAUGUGAAUUUCUAUUGUUUAUAAAAAUAAAUGGCUUUGAAAACA